CAAUUCACUCAAUUUUAUUCGAAGAAUGCUUUGUAGACUUGAAUGUUUUUAUUUAUUUUAAUUCUAUGAAAAUAAGCAGUAAUUACAUAUAUUUUUAGUUAAGUUUUAGUGUUUUACAGUGAUAAUAUAUGUGCCGAUAGAUUUAAAGGAAUACAAUGUCGGACGACGAGGUAAUGCGAUUUGAAAUUACCGACUAUGAUUUGGAUAAUGAAUUUAAUCCAAAUAGAAACAGAAGAGCCAAGAAGGAGCAUCAAAUAUAUGGUGUGUGGGCUAAGGACAGUGAUGAGGAGGAUAAUGAAGAUAACAUUAGGCAGAGGACUCGUAAGCCUAAAGAUUUCAGUGCACCCAUUGGAUUUGUGGCUGGGGGCGUACAACAGGCUGGCAAGAAGAAAGAAGAGUCGAAAGAGAUAGAAUCAUCAGAAGCAUCCACGUCUCGGCCAAAGUUUGCCGACAGCUCUGAUGAGGAAGAGCAAAACGCGCCAGAUGCCAGUGAAACUGCAGGUAUACGGAGACAGGGUCAGGGCAUGCGACCAGUGAACCUGGGAGGCAAUGUCGGUACUUGGGAGAAGCAUACUAAAGGUAUUGGAGCCAAGCUGCUGUUGAAGAUGGGUUAUCAACCAGGUAUGGGUUUGGGUAAAGACCUGCAAGGAAUCUCAGCCCCUGUCGAAGCCACGGUCAGGAGAGGAAGGGGAGCUAUCGGUGCUUAUGGACCGGAGAAAGCUGCGCAAAAAGCAAAAAAAGAGGAAGAACUCCGUCGUUUAAAAGAGAAAGAAGAAGAAAAGGGGCCAAAAGAGAAGAAUUACAACUGGAAGAAGUCACACAAAGGACGCUACUUCUAUAGGGAUGCGGCCGACGUUAUACAAGAGGGUAAACCUUCGAUGCAUACUAUUACCAGUAGUGAGCUUUCCCGCGUGCCGGUGAUCGACAUGACGGGCAAAGAGAAGCGAGUACUGAGCGGGUACCACGCACUGCGCGCGGCCGCGCCCCGCUUCGAGCACGAGCCGCGCCGACAAUGUCAAAAUUUCGCCGCGCCACAACUCGUACACAACCUUAUGCUCAUGGUGGAAUGCUGUGAACAGGACAUAAUCCAGAACGCUCGCGAGUUACAAGCAGCGGAGGACGAGAUAGUGGUCCUCGAAAGAGACCUGACGGACUGCAACACUAAGCUAGAGGAACAGGAUAAAGUGAUCAACAGGAUGCAGGGGAUAUUGCAGCGAGUUGAGAUGCUGAACCAACCUGAUGUCUCGUUGGAGAAGGCCCAUGAUGUUUUGGCUGAGUUAAAGGAAACUUAUCCAUUGGAGUACGAUAUGUUCGGGCUGGGUACUAUAGCGGGUAACAUAGUAAGUCCGCUCUUGAGCUCGUUGCUGGCGCCCUGGGAGCCCCUGCAGGCGCCCGACGAGCCCGUGCCCACCUUCCUCAAGUGGAAGAAACUCCUCACCGAGGAAGCCUACAACAGCUUGCUCUGGCAACACUUCGUGCCACACCUCACUACCGCUGCCGAGGCUUGGAACCCCCGCACCCCGACCCCAAUGCUGCGCGCGGUGGAAGCGUGGCAAAACGCGAGCCCCGACUGGGUGACACGCGCGUGCGUGAGCCGAGUCGUGGUACCACGCCUUCUCGCCGCCGUGCGGGCGUGGGACCCCACGCACGAUACACAGCCCCUGCACCAAUGGGUGCUGCCCUGGCAUGAUCUGGCUGGUGAAGCCCUAGCUAGUUCAGUGUACCCGCUAAUAAGGUCCCGGCUGGCGACGGCGCUGGCGGCGUGGCACCCGGCGGAUGGGUCGGCGCGGGGCCUCCUGCAGGCCUGGCAGGGCGCCUGGGGGCCCGCCCUCACCGCCAUGCUGCAUCAACACAUCGUGCCAAAACUUGAUCAUUGUCUCACACAUGCACCGCUUGAGCUUGUUGGAAGAGAGAAUACGGCGUGGAUGUGGUGCGUGGAGUGGAUGGGCCUGGUGGGGGCGAGCACGCUGGCGGCGCUGGCGGCGCGCGCGCUGCUGCCGCGGUGGCUGGCCGCGCUGGCCGCCUGGCUCAACGCCAACCCGCCGCACGCCACCGUGCUCGCCUCAUACACGCACUUCAAGAAAAUGUUCCCGGAAGAAGUGCUGAAGGAGCCAGCGGUGCGAGAUGCGUUUAGGAAGGCGUUGGACAUGAUGAAUAGAAGCGCUGACAUCGACGCAGUGGAGCCUCCCCCUCCACCACGCUUCGCCAUGCCAGAACCCAAGGAAACUUCCAGAAUCGCUGACGUCAUCACCACCAGCGCUCCCACGAAGAGCUUCUCAGAGUUAUUGGAAACUCGGUGCAUAGAAAAGGGCAUUACCUUCGUACCAAUACCUGGGAAGACCAGGGAAGGAAGGCCCAUAUACAAAAUUGGCCAUCUCCAAUGCUAUGUCAUACGCAAUGUUAUCAUGUUUUCUGAUGAUAACGGCAGAAUAUUCAGCCCCAUCAGCUUAGAUAAAUUGCUGAACAUGGUCGAAUGAAAUGGAAAUAAAGUUGUUUAAUUAUA